AUGGCUAGCGACAAGGAACUCGAUACUCCAGACGACAUAGGGAAUACCGAGGACCUGACACCAUCGGACAUUCUGGAUGGCUGGGAUGAGCUCUCCCGACCACCCAGCGUCAGGUCUGUGCCAGCCUCGCUGGCCAGCCGCUCCGCCGGCCCCGCCUCGAGGAAGUCUCAGACUGAUGUGAAGCCGAGCCCUGCCUCGUGCAGCGCCCCGGAUGGGGAGCCCAGCGCCGGAAAGGGACCUGCAGGGCAGGUGGCUGGGGACGACGGGGCUGCUGCUGCUGAGGAGUCCCGGCCGCCCGCAGCCGGCGGCUGGGGCGGCUGGGGCGCACUCACCAAGCUGAAGGCCAGCGUGCAGCAGGUCGCCGCCACGGCGGUGGACGACGUCACGCAGCUCACCACCAGCUUCCAGCAGCUGGUGGCCGAGGCGGUGGGCCCCGGGGGGGACUCUGCCGACGAGGGCGCCGGCGUGAGGCCGAGGUCCGGAGGCGCCCGCGAGGCCCUGACCCUGGACCAGAGCCUGUACGUCUACGGCGGCAGCCAGGCGCGGGAGGAGCUGCAGGAGCUGGGUGCCGAGUGCUCGCGGCUCGGACACCGAGUCUGCGCCGCAGAGCAGGACCCCGUGCGCCGCGCCGCGCUGGAGGACGCGCUGCGCACGCUGGCCGAGGCGCUGGGGAGUCUGGAUGAGGGAGCAGGAGCGGGUGUUGGAGGUGCCGAAGCGGGCGGCGAUGCGGGGGCGAGGGGAAGCGAGGAGCUCGCGAGGGACGGCGCGGCUUCGACCCAGCCACCGGGGUCGCGGAGGGCCCCGCCCCCACGCAGCGCGGCGCUGGAGCGGGGGCACGCGGUGGUGCGCGAUGUCGCCGAGGAGGCGGUGGAAAGCGCGGAGUCGCUGGGGGCCAGGGCCGACGUCCUGCCCGCAGGGACGAAGCACCUGGCGGAGGUGGCAAGCCUGGGCAUGGAGCGCACGCUUUCUUUGGCGCGCAGCGUGCUGCACAGCGCGCGCUCCGCCCGCCCCAGCGACGACCGCAUUUCUUGGCCCAGCGAAGCGCCGGCCGUGGCGCGGGUCCUGCGCGGCGAGGCGGCCUGCGCGCUGCGCGAGCUGGGAAGCGUGGAGGCGGCGCUCCUGGCCGCGCUGGACCGGCUGCGGGGGGAUGGCGGUGGUGAGGUGGCGCACGAUGACGACGCCGAGAGGCGCGAGCUUAUGCGGCUGGCGGAGGAGUGCCGGGCGGCGAUGGCGGCCUGCCUUGCCCUCAGCACCCCCCUGGUCUGGUGGUCCUGCUGCGCCUCCCGGGCCGGCCCCGCGGCGGAGCCGCGAUGA